ACGCUUCGUUGUCAUCCGAUGUCGUUGUCACCACCAUGUAGGCCGGACUGAAGAACAACGAGUUAGUUUUUGUUGUUGCCGUCCCACAUGUGAAAGUGCGCGGGUGGAAAUAAAUAAAACCGCAUUCGUCGUGUCCGCAGAUCAGCACAAGCCGAACGGAGCAGAUAGUGUCGUGUUGAUAUUCUAAUUGUGAUCUAGAUCUGACCGAGUGUAGUUUCGUUGCCAUCGAUCGCGGGCAGUGAAAGUGUUAACGAGUUAAGAUAAUUGCAACGUAAUACGAGAAAAAAAUAAUUGAGGGAAAAACAAUGUCGCCACUUCGCUGGGGAAUCGUCACUGCUGGAACGAUCGCACAUGAUUUCGUGUGUGCCGUCUCGACACUACCGGACACGGAUCAUAAGGUCGUUGCCGUGGCAGCUAGAGGAUUGGAACACGUGCAAACAUUUGCUGAAUCACACGGAAUUCCGGCAUUUUACGUCGGCUGCGAAGCACUCGCUAAGGACCCGAAAGUUGAUAUCGUCUACAUCGGUACGGUCAACACGGUCCACUACGAAGUGGCCAUGAUGAUGCUCGAUGCCGGUAAGCAUAUUCUCUGCGAGAAGCCCCUAUGCGUGAACGAAGGCCAAUCGAAAGCCUUGCUGGACUAUGCUCGUGCGAAGAAACUGUUUUGCAUGGAAGCAAUCUGGUCGCGGUUCUUCCCGGCUUAUAACCAUCUGCGGGAUCGGAUCAGGCAGAAGAAUCUCGGCGACAUAAAGGAAGUCAAAGUAGAGCUGGGACUACCCAUUACUAAAGUGGACCGUAUCCGUAUGAGGCACCUCGGCGGCGGAACGGUUUUGGAUUUGGGAGUGUACAACAUCCAGCUUGCAUUGUGGGUGUUCCAGGAAUUCCCGGGCGAGAUCGUAGCCGAAGGAAAAUCGAACGAGGAAAAUGUUGACAUUGAAACGAAUGUAAAGCUUCGCUUCCCUGGUGGAGGAGUUGCCACAAUGAAGGCCAACGGUGUAAAGCAGCUGUCUAACACGGCGGUCAUCACUGGUACCAAAGGGACAAUCACUCUGUACGAUUUCUGGUGCCCAACCGAGCUAACCGACAUCGAUGGAACGGAGCGAUCGUAUCCCCUGCCACAGUCCAAAAUAGAAUGCAUUCUGAAGAAUAGCGUCGGGUUGCGGUACGAAGCGGACGAGUGCAGGAAGCGUAUUCUGGCCGGCGAGCUGGAGUCACAGAUUGUUUCCCACGAGGAUAGCUUGAAUGUGGCCCGUGUGCAGGACACCAUUCGAAAGCAGAUCGGCGUUGAGUACGCAGAAGAUUACACAUUCAAACCACAGAAAACUAGUCAGGUUUGAGUUUAUGGUGUUGGGUUCGAUCCAAUAGAGAUUGUUGACUUAUCUUAUGGAAAGUAAUGGGAUGAAGGACAAUCGCAAAAGUGCCAAACCAAAUUAAUGCGUGUAC